AUGCAAAUCAAUGCGGCACAGGCCCCGCAGUGGUUGCUUUUCCUGAUCAUCUGCCUGCUUGCUGCAAUAGCGUGUGUGGAAGGGUGUCAGGAUAAGGAGGCAGAUAUUGGCUGUAGGGCUGGGGCCAAUCGCCACCUACUUGUCCGCACUGAGGGCAACAUAACACUGUCAGAGGCUGAAGAUGCUCUGAGAGGCUAUGGUGUCAACAGUUUCGGCCCCAUUGUGUACAUGGCAAGGACCCCAACCUGCCCUGUGGCAGAGCUUCCAGCCAGUGCCGCUGGCCAGCUGUUCACUUUCUGCAAAGCGGAUGGCGACAAGAGGGCCUGUCAGCCUGAAGGCAAGAAUGGUAUCACGACACCACUGUUUCAAUUCACAUGCAUAAAUCACACCUGCAUCGAAACUUUGAAUAUUGCCGUGUCAGCUUGUGUGCUGAACAAGACCUUUAACGUGCCAUUAGUGAGCACUGCCAACUCAGACUGCCAGUUCAGUGAGAUGGUGGCUCCGAUGAGUGACGGCUCGACGCCAUUCACACCAGAGUUCCUGCAGCCUGUUGGCAACUCCAGGAGCUUGAUCGACUGCAUUCUGGGGGUGCCCACGGGGACCAGGAUCUUCAACACGCUAUCAUGCACUGAUGGCUUUUUUCGGAUGGCGACGGUCGUGCCACUUGGGGGCAAAGAAUUUGUGCCCCAGGGUGUGCCAUUUCGAUGUGUCUGGGAUGGGCGCUGCCGUGAGCAUGAGGGGUGCUGUGAAGGGGAUGCCCUCUUUGAGGGGACGCUUGUUUGCUAUCUUGAGCAACAUGGGGGCGUUGUGCUCACUGGUUCCUCAGGAAUUCGGAGACUACAUUGGGGCCUGCCAUUGUUGGCUGGUUUCCUUGGCAGCCUGCUUGACUAG